UGGCUAUAGCUUUAAAGUGAAAAAUUGGCUGUGAUGGCAGGAGGCCCCCCUAGCAUCAAGGAGGAGAUGGAAACAUCCAUGGCUGAAGAACUGGUUCCUGAAAGCUAUAUGCAAAGCCAAGAGCACCUGGUGAUAGCAGAAAUGAUGGCACGUGGAUCCCAGUCCCUGGGUACCUCUCAGCGGCUACAAAAGUUGGAUCCAAAGGCUGCUGGCUCCGGUUCACGUCAACUGGCUUGGAAUAUGACUGCCACCCGGCCCAAGAAAGCGGGGCCCCAGCUGCCAUUGCCCAGAAUGUUGAGAGAACAAGGCCAUGGCAAUGCUCACCCUCAGGAGUAUCCUGGUGGCUUCCAGAACAUGAGGUUCCAUUAUGAGCGUGACCCAGAGGCAGAUAUGGUGGCAGAGAUUGGCUUGGAAGAGCUAAAUGGAUUGGAGAUGGAAGUCAUGAGAAGACAGCUGCACGUGAUCACCGGCCGGCUGCGUGCCCUGGAGGACCAGGGCGCUACCUGGCGCAACAGGGAUGCUCUGUUCUUCACCAUGCUGGUGUCGGCCUGCAUUGCCAACCUGUGGCUGUGGAUGCGCCAGUGA